AUGUCGACCACGAACAAGAUGGACAUGCGCGAGAUUGACCUUUUCAACCAGGGCCUUGGCUUUAUUAAGGGUGUCUCCUGCAAAUUUGAAAAUGUAAGCUUCACGUGUCGCUUCGUCUAUUACCAUGAUGGAAAGGAAUACAUAUGCCCGUCAUCAAGUAUAUUCAGUGGUCUUUUAUUCGCCGAGUACGAAUUUCGGGUGAUUACUCAACUCAAAGAGGGCUACAUGGAAUUAAAGUCAACCAAAAACAUGGAGCUCCCUUGCUUGGAAAACAUCGACGUUAAGUAUAUUUUACGAAGCAAACCUCUCUGUGAAAGUGCAUGCCCUACCUUCGAUUCUGAGACACCUCUAUAUGACUAUCCGGGAGGAUAG